CAUACGGUACUAUGUUGCAUGGCGUAUCGUCCUGUCGUGUCCUUCCGCUUCGCCACGACCCGAAUCGCCAUCGAUCUGAGAGGCCGGUCCAGGGAAGAUGCGACACAAAGCAAUAGGUCGUCAAUGCAGCGUCUCCCAAACACAUCUUGGUCAUCGAGGCGCGGGGUGCGGCAGGACACAUGCGAUGGGCGCUUUUAAGCUGCUAGUGGUAAACCAUACCGACUUGGUCACUCUAUCACUUGGUGCGGCUGCACUCACAGGUAGUAGUCUACCAUCGUGGAACUGUUGCAGGAAGCCAUACUGCGGGAGCACUCUUUUUAAAGCACAGGCCCCCCUUUCAACAACAUGAAAUGAGCGUCACCUUCGACUUAUCCUUUCCUGACUCGGGCUUCGUCCAUUCCAAAUCCUCCUUUCCGCAUGAUUCACUCCAUCGCAAUGUCUCCCGAGCCUGCUGACCAACAUCCCCCCUUGACGAGCCCGGACCGGCUUCAGAAGAUCGAUCGACUUCGCGAAAGGAAUAUCGGAACUUACCUACCCCUGCCGCAACUUGUCGCCGUGGGUGAUCAGAGCUCGGGGAAGUCGUCCUUGCUGGAGAGCCUGACGGGAAUCCCAUUCCCUCGCGGCCAGGAACUUUGUACCCGCUAUGCCACCCAGAUCACCCAUCGACGGGAGGCACAACAACGAAUUGAUAUCACGAUCAUUCCUGGACCACAUGCGUCGCAGGAUCACAAGAGAAGACUUGAGUCGUAUCACAGACAGGUGCAGACAACUGCACAGCUUCGGGCAGAUUUCCCCGAAAUCUUGACACAGGUAGAGGAGGCCGACCCGGCUGGUGACCGAACCCUCGGGAUCUUGACCAAGGUCGAUCUGCUGAAAGAACAGAGCGCCAGACUUGCCGUUGUGAGCCUGGUAGAAGGCAAACGAAAACCCCUCAAGCUUGGAUACCAUAUAGUCACGAAUCGCGGGGGCGAUGACCACGGUGAAGAGAACGAUGCGUUAGCUGCGCUGCGCGAGCGCGAGGCCAUCUUCCUAGAACAUCCUUGGGACAGUCUUCCGGAGGAUCGUUACGGCAUAUCACCCUUACGCGAGCGCUUGGAGGACCUCCUUGGCGAGAUUACCGAUCGUGCAUUUCCUGAGCUACGUAGUGAGACACGCCAGAAACUGGCACAUGCCGAGGAGAAACUCAAGGGUCUCGGCGCGCCUCGCCAGACACAGCGAGAGCAACAGCAAUACCUCGUCGGCAUUGCAGGCAACUUUCAGUCCCUGGUUCGUGCCGCGCUAGAGGCUAACUACUCGGCACAUCCAGUGUUUGAAAACAACACGUUCCGUCUUAUCACAGCCAUCAUCAACACGACGGACCAAUUCAACACUGAUUUUGACAAGUACGCCCGCACGUAUCUUUUCGAAAUAGAGCCACAGGUCGAGAUUCCGGUUCCAAGUAGACCGAGGACUCCCGUAAGCCCUGUGUUUUCGGCGCAAGAGGAGGAGAAGCAAGAUGAUGCUAACCUGCGGCUUGCUCUGUUUGAUAUACCUCAUCCCGAGGCCUUCCCUGACUUGGGCAGAAUCAUUGUGACGGAUUGGACCACUGAAUAUCCGAAAAAAGGUAUCAUGAAGUGGAUCGAGACUAUUCAUCAACGCUCCCGUAGCCUUGACCUUGGCUCACUCGGUCAUGGUGUUCUUUCAAGUGUUUUUCUUGAUCAAUCGACAAAAUGGGAGCUAAUGGCGAAGCAGUAUCUUAGCAAGGUCAUUAUCCUCAUCCAUCGGUUCAUCCUUAUGGCACUAGAGGCCGUCUGUAUAGACACUCAAGUGCUCCAAAGCGUUACAUCGGCCAUACUAAGCGACCUCUGCCUCAAGUAUAAGGACGGAAUGAGCGAGGCGAUCUUGCUGGUCAACGUCGAACGGCAAAUUAGCCCGUAUACGCUGAACCAUUAUUUUAACCAUAAUAAUCAACGCAGCCAUGGCGUGCGGAUCCAGGAAACGCUACGUUCCAUAGCCCGACACGAGCAGUAUUAUGAGGGUACUCCUCUGCUCAUGGUUCCUCUGGACGAUAUUGCAGACGCAGUAACGAACAAGAGUAACGCGGCAUACGCUAUAGAGACCAUCCACGAUACCCUCGAGGCCUACUACGAGGUGGCUUACAAGCGGGUCGUCGACAACGUCUUCAGGCAAGCGGUCGCCUUUAAGCUGCUCUUUGGCCCUAAAAGCCCACUCUGGCUGUUCUCAGAGCAAUGGGUCCUUAAUCUGGACCUGGAAACGCUUCCUCUUGUGGCAGGGGAAUAUCGCCGGACGAGGGACUAUAGGGAGAGAUUGAAGAAGGAGAUUCGGGACUUGGAGAUUGCGAUGGAGAUCCUGCGUUGACCGGGGUUUCCUUUGUGCCAGGCUCCUGUAACCGACUUUUACUACUGAUGGUACGCGACGUGUCAGAGGUUUCGUUUGCGGUUACUGUUCGUAGUUGGGAAUGUCAAGGAUAGCAAGUAGGCACACGCAGCCAUCGUGGUGACGACAGAGCUAUCAACACCAGGAGAUAGCAACAUAGAAUAGGCAGUGUUCUGUUGGAGUAGUCUGCUGACCUACAGAACUAGAGGCCUGUAGAAGUGAACCAAUCGUCCUCCCGCUA